AUGAGUGAAAGCAGCCGCGCUGCCUGUCAUCUGUUGGCGGUUUGUUGUUCUUGCCGUAGGACGUUGAAGGACACGACCAGGAGCAGGAGCAGCAUCACCGCCUGCGUCUGGCGCUCGAGUGUUGUCCUAGUCCUAGCCGAAAGCUCUCGGGUGUCGGAGCUCGGAUUCCAAGCUUCGUCCGCUCGGCACGGCUCGUCAGUCGAGUUUCGGCCGUCUAACCCAGCAGAGGUGUGCAGCGGACAGCGAUAGAAAAACACAACCACCGCAGCAGCAGCAGCAGCAGGAGCAGGAGAAGCAGCAGCAGCAGACUAAAUAAUUACGGCCACAAAGGAACUGAACAGAAGUCCUCGUUGCCUCGUUGACGAACCCACUGGACGAACCAUCUGCAACUGCUUUUACGACUGCCACAACUGCCAUGUGGGACUACUGACUACAGACUGACAGCAGACCCUCCGCCUGCUCGUUCAUCACACACCGCUGCCGCAACCAGUCCAUGUCCGUUGUCCGUUGUCCGUUGUCCGUGGUCCACUCGCAGGACGCGGAAUUGGGGUGUCAGAAUCCCCAGCGACUGAGCAGCGCGAAAGUAGGCAACGAGCAUUGGAAAUCUAAUUAGCGACGUCAGUGUCAGGAUCGCAAAUCCAUUAAUUUUGAGGCGCCAACAACUUCUCGGCCAAAAAGGCGUUGCUGCAGCCAAAAAAAAACAAAAAAAAAAGGAAAAAACGGAAAACAGGAAAGCAGGAAAAUCGGGAAAAUUUAGCGCAGAAAAAAGGGAAAGCACUUUCGUUUCAGUGUGUCGGUGUGCGUGCGCGAGUGUGUGUGUGUGUGUGUGGGUGCUGAUAACGCGAGCCUGGCGCUGACAUCACUUUCACUAGGGAAAACCAACUCGGGAAGCUGCCAAUCGAGCCGCACGGCAACAAAAUCAAUUAAACUACCCAUACGACAACCGCCACAACAACAACGCUGCCAAGAGCCAAUUAUCGGGGAAAAGUAACCAAGAGACGCCACCAGAUCAGACCAGACCAGCCAAGAUGUUCUCCAUGUGCACCAAGGUGAAAUCACGGAGUGCGGAUGCGGAUAGCUCGUUCAUGCAGCAGUCGCAGCAGUUGCAACUGCAACAGCCUCAGGCGAUGGGAACUGGCGGCAAACAAAUCAAGGGCGGCUAUCUGCUGCGCUAUAAAAAGCAAAUGUUCUGGAACCGCUGGGCGGAGGAGUGGGUAGUGCUGUACGACGACUCGACCAUGGCCUGGUUCACGGAGCCGGGACGCUCCUCGCCGACGGGCAAGAUCCUGGUGAAGGAGGCGCCCGAGAUGCUGGCCAUCGCCCACUGGACCGGCCAGAUUCCGCGUCGUCCGCCGCUGCCGGCGGGCGUGAACGUGUCCCAGCUGAUUGCCCUCGGGUCGCAGCGCAAGCGGUCAAAGGUCUACUGGAUGCUGGCCAAGUCGGAGCAGGAGGUGAGCGACUGGAUCGAUGCCAUUACCAAGACCCUGCCGCCGCCGCCGCAAAUCGAGCUGGUGGUGGACAAGCCGCACCUGAUGAACGUGCUCCGACGUCCGCUGGUGCGCAUUAGACCUGCCACCCAGUCGGAGGUGAAGCAGCGCAAGGCGGCGUCCCACGGAGCCAGCGGCAGUAAACACCACCGCUGCUCCUCGGCGAUGACCACGAAGCUGUACAGGCAGACCCAGGAUCCGCUGGUGAAGAGCGACGCGGCGGUGGCCAUUCUCAGCAAGAAGCCGGACUCGAAGGCCUCGCUGGCCUGCGCCCUGCCCUGGGGCCACGGCUGGGGAUGGGCCACGCUGCCCAACGGGGUGUGGAGUGGCGGACUGACCUGGUCGCAGUGCGAGGACACCUUCACCCUGCACGCCCUGCCCACCACCCACUGCACCAACCUCAUCGACACCUCCUGCAGCGGGGCCGUCUACCACACGGACAUCGGCGGCUUUGACUUCCACUCCUCGGGCGUGGACGACAUCGGUGGCGAGGACUUCGACUACGCCAUGGACUGCGGCGACUUCAUAUUCUAAGCUCUGAACACUGAACUCUAAGCCCUCCAGCACGACAUUCAACCAGCCACCCACCCGGCGGGCAGGACUCGUUCGUCCCGAUCCGCAGAUUUUGUCUACGAUUCCAAGGAGCUGAGCAACUGGUAGCCGCUUGGGUAGCAUUUAAUAUUUAAACGUGCUUUCGUUAACCUCUGAGUGUUAGGUUAGGUGUUAGGUGUUGCCGGAAAGGAAGUGGAACGAACUCCCUAGCGUAGCGUAUACGCCCCAUUGUCCUUGCCACUUUCCAGAUCACUAUCCCGCUGUGCCCAUUAGCUUGUUUGGCUUUGUGUAUUGCCCCAACUGCGUUAAGCAGUUAAAGUGCAAGCACAUCAAAAGUUGACCCAUUUCCCUCAGUGUGCUAAAAUAUAUAUGUCUACAUAGCUGCGGCCAAUGAAAUAGUUGUGGCAUCUUGUAACAUUGCAUCGUGAGUUCUGCCAAAUGGUUAAGCAAACUGGCUGUCUAUUAAGCACCCUUUACCUUGCUAUUACAAAGAAAUGUCAGAAAAAAAUUCCGGUAAUUAAAAGUCUUUGCAGAUAUAUUUAUAUUGAAAUUUUAACGAUGUCAACUUUUUUACCCAGCAAAUUAAAAUUUAAUUUUGUUAAAUAUUUGUUAAGAAAAUCAGGGUAUUAGAAUUUUUUUUAGUCAAAACUAUUUGACAAACUAAAGAAAUUAUGUGUGCCCACAACCGGAAACUCCUUUGUUAAAGUGACCAUAAACACAAUUGAUUGCAAUGAGGUUUUAAAAAAUCGUUUUUUGGGUGCCACAAUUAUAGUGACCGCCGCUGUAGUCGUAUUUCAAAUUCUGGCAGAUACACGUGUGUCUAUUUAUCCACCAAUAUAUGUAUGUUAGGCCGCACACUCGACUUCAACCGACACCCACAACCCACAACCCACUAACCACCAAACACCAACCACAGCCAUCGCAGUCGCAGUUGCAACCACAAGCAUUGGAAAUGCGAAAACAUUUUUGCAUUGCGCAUAUAAGUAGGCUACAACAUAUUUUUGCACUCGACAAGCGAACAAAUUACAAUAAAUAAUGCAGACAAGACGAAACGAAGCGACAACUAAAUUAAAAACGAGAAAAAAAAAACAACCGCAAGAGAUUGAAAUACUUUUGUGUAUUUUGAGACUUUUGAAAUUUAUAUUGAUGCAAUUUGUAAUGGAAACACUUUUCAAAUUGUUUUGCCAUGAUUUUCUAGAAUUUUUGAAAUCGAUAGUAUUUAACCGCAAAGCCACUGACCCGAAAAAAACAAACCCCAAGACCCAGCGUCCCCCCGCAAGAACCCAUUUUUGUGUGCAAAUUUUUGAAACAUUUAUACAGAUACAGCGCGCGUAAAUUAAGCAAGUCGAAAAAUCGAUAAAAGUUUAAUAUAAUUGUGUUAAGCUAAACAAAAUGUGGCAAAUCCAGCGCAGAAUUUUAAAGUGGAGCAUGGUAAUUUUGAUAUAGCAUGUUAAACAGUUAUGACAGUAAACAGGACAACCAGGUAAAUAACAAGUAAUUAAAAGAGAUAAAAACGAACUCUAGGACUCUAGUAAUAAAACUCAUUCACCCGCAACACACACACAUACACACACACACACAUAACACAACCAAAACCAAAACCAAAACCGAACCCCUAGUGUUAGUGUUAGGGCUAGCACUUAAGGCAUGGCAUUCGAAUGUCAGUUUAGUUUAGGAAACUAACUCACUCAGAUCGACAUACCCACCCGUACUGAUGUAAAGUUUAUAAAACAAAAAACAAAAUCAAGCGAAGCAACAAAACAAGUUAGCAACCCAGGAAAAAUCACAGAGUAUAAAGCCAAAGACGUGUGUACACAUGUACGAGUAAUUAGCAGUUAAGAACACAUUUGAAAUCACAGGCAUUGCAUUGCAGAACCGAAGGAAAGGUUACAACUCACAGCUCACAGCUCACAUUCAUCCCCACAUCGAUUCGAUUUUGAAUUUGAUUUUGAGGAACUUUCGCCACAAAUAUGUGAGGAAGGGAAACGCCGCUACGGACACCUUGAGAAAACUGUAACUGUAACUGUAACUGUACGAUUAGGCAUAUACUAUAUAGUAACUAGGUUAAGUCGGAAAAGUAAUGGAGCGCCCGUUUAGUUAAAUACCAUAUGUAAACGAUAAGCGAUUUAUGAUAAACGAUAAACGAUAAAUGUAUGUACCGUAAGAUUGUGCAGGUUUUCAAAAUGUUGCAUGCCGCGAAAAUGCAUAGAGCUAGAAUAUAGAAUCGCGAAAUAUUAUGUAAAAUACGGGUAACAGGACACACCAAGUCCACUAAGCAUCUGUUGCAUGUCCUUGUACGCGCGUGUAUACUUAUAUAUUACUAUACUUAUGUACAACAAUAACCACGAGCGAAGCUACACGUAACGAAACGAAACGAAAUGAAUACCUUUAACCUGAGCCCACAGCCUUAGCUAUCAUACCCAAACACCCACCAUCGCUACUAGCCCCAUAUUACCAUAAUACCUACCUAAAGCUACUAUUUAGUCAGGAGACGCGUCGAACUGCAGCAGCUAGUUGGGCAUCGUGGAAAAAGACAUACAUAUAGAAUUAGAUAACCCGCCACGUAACGUAAUUGAAAUGUAGACUAAAAGACUUAAGCAAUUGUCGUUUAGACGUUAAAUUAGAGCGCAUUGAAUGUUGGCUUUUAGUUCUAGACACAGAAGCGAAUCGAGAGCGAUGUGUGGAGCGUUUAGGAACAUAUUUAAGGGUAUCCGUAUCCUCACCACAAUGUUUUAGUCUGAAGCCUAGCCCAAAUAAAUCGAAAUCGAACACAAAAUCGUAAAUUGUUAGCAAGCGAGUAUAAAGUCGAGUCGAAAAUGCGAAAACCAAACUAAAACCUAAUGAAAAACGAAAAUAAACGUAAAAGUAAAAUCAACCUUGGACAAUCACGCAUACGCAUGUAGGAAACGGGAUUAAAUAAUGUAUGUAAAUUGUUUAAGCCUUGGGUCGGCAGCGAAAAAGGACCGACGAUACACGUCCAGCACGGGGUCCAUGUGGAUGGACUCCGUGAACUCAACUAAUCUAAACACACACGGAAAACACACACACACGAUGCGAUUCGAUUGAGGGCUCCAGCCAGGCCAAGUUUCAAUUAAGUGUCAAUCCCCACGCUCUUCAGUUGAACCGAGAAGUAUUUUUGUAAACUUUAUUAAGAACACCGAGAUCGCAAGUGAAACUAAAACCAAAACCAAAACGAAAACCAAUACCGAAACCGAACACAAAAAUAUAAUAUAAAAUUGCAAAAAGAAAAACAAAGCAUGAACAUGGAUGUUUUAAAACCGAAAUUAAGCAAAGCAAAUGUAAAACAAAAGUAUACUUUAGAGCAAAUUUUUGUAGUAUAAUUGUACACGUAAAUUGCAUUUCCGAUGUUAGCUGAACAACCGUAUACACUAUAUAGUAUUAUAGUAAUAUAGUAAUAUAGUGUAUGCAGACACCCACUUAUAAGUGUGUUAAGUAUAGCGAGCGCGAAUCGAGCGAGAUACUCGCACUCCAGUUUUUAUUGUGCUGCGCAUUUUCAGCGGGCGGCUGAACUGUGAAUAGUACCUUAGGUAGCGUGGCAUCGCGUGUAAUGUGCCGCAUUUGAUGUCACCAAAUUAUGAAAUUAUGAAGUUAUGAAAUUGUAGAUCAGAACCAGAACCAGAACCCGAACCCGAGCAAGUCAUUGUGAGAUGAUCCGUGAGGGAGGGCGACUAGUAACCGGAAACGGAAGUGGAAGCAGGCUUCCAGACUUUCAGCCAUCCGGCCAUCUUGGCAUGCGUUGCGUAUACGCCCCGGUGGUCUCGACCGCAACUCACAAUUAGGCUAGUAAGUUCGCGUUGUUUGUUAUCAGUGUCGUUGAUGUUGAUGUUGAAAUUGCCGUGUCAUUGUUAAACGUAUUCAAGUUGUAAUCCGACGGCGUUCGGAAUUAGCUGUUUUUGGGAACCAGAGAGAGAGAGACAGAGAAAGGGAGUGAGAGAGAGAGA